GAUAAGAAUAUAAGCUAAUUAGGUAUUUUAAAUAAAUACGAUAAAAAAUGUUUAAGAGAACAAAAACUAAAAUUAACAAAUAAUGCAAAGCUCUUAAGCAGGCAAGUCAUAAUGUUUCAUUAUGUUUAAAACAUUUGGAGGAUACAGAUAGGCAAUAUCAUUAUAGUUUCUGAAAAUAAUCGGCCAGUCAUUCAACCUUCAAGACUUUCUACUUGGGUCUUGGAUCAAUCUAGAUCAGCAUUUGUCCACAUCUGAAUACCAACGACUAGUAGAACAAUACACUCAAGAUGGAUGAGUUUUGGAAUCGUCGUACUUGUGUUAUUUUGACUGGCGCUAGCAAAGGUAUAGGACAGUGUUUGGCUGUAGAAAUCGGUAAACUUUUGGUUCCAGAGUCGACUAUUAUUCUAACGGCUAGAGAUACAAAUGGCCUAGAAAAAACCAAAAAAAUGAUAAACAAAGAAAACAGUGAUAUUUUGAUAGAGUGUUAUAGCGUGGAUUUCUAUAAUUCCGAUGCAACAAUGUUUGAAAAAAUUGUUGAACCUAUCGAUUCAACAAAGUAUGAAUUAUUUUUAUUAAUUCAUAAUGCUGGGUCUAUCGGUAAUCUGAAUCAUUUAGCAGCUGACAUGAAUGAUCCUGAUGAAUGGAACAAAUAUAUGAUGUUGAAUUUAUAUUCAGUAACUUGUUUAACAAGUGUAUUUUUAUCCAAGUUAAAUUCAAAUACAGCUGAAAAAUGCAUUGUGAAUAUGACUUCAUUAUUAGCUAUUGAACCAUAUAAAUCAGUUGGAUAUUAUUGUGUUGGCAAAGCUAGUAGAGAAAUGUUCUUUCGUGUAUUGGCUUUAGAAAACCCUACAUUAAACGUUCUUAGCUAUUCUCCAGGUCCUGUUUUGACUGAUAUGUAUACAUACAUGAGUUUGAAUUCAAAAGAUAAAGAAUUACGCGAACAACUUACAAGUAAACAGCAAAAACAAUAUAUCGUGAAAGUAGAAGACGCUUGUCAAAAACUAGUUAACAUUUUAGCUAUAAAAAGUUAUAAAACUGGCAGUAGAAUUGAUUACUAUGAUAAAUAAGUUAUUUAAAAUAACUGCAUUUCAUGUAUAACUUUUUAUCAGUAUAUUAUAUGUAGGUGUAGGCGUAAAUUAGGUAUUAUUUUUAACUUUAUUUUAAAACAUUGUAGCCCGUAGGUACC